GGAAAGACGCGCAGAUCAGGUCCUUUCUCUUGUUGUCAGCCUUCCCUCCUGACCGCCUUGCUGCCGUCUAAUCGACCUCUCUCUCGCUCGAACCAACCACCACAUACAUCACUCAAGAUGCCGCCUCGGUGAGUGAGCAGAAAGACGAGCAGGGCUGCAGACACUGCACCCAAGGCUCGUGUGCGCGUGCUAAAUGCUGCAUGCAUCUUGCAUCAUGCAUGCCAUUGAGCGCCCACUUUUCCUGUGUCGAUGCAAUGCAAUGCAGCACUCCCAUUCCCCUGAUCACCGUGAAUCCCGCCAAGAAGCCGUGGGAGCAGGAGAAGCCGCUGCACAACCGCUGGCACCCCGACAUCCCCGCUGUGGCUGAGGUCAAGGAGGGCGACCUCUUCACCGUCGAAACCGUCGACUGGACCGGAGGGCAGAUCAAAGACGAUGACAAUUCCGAUGACGUCAAGUUUGUCGACCUCUCACAGGUCAGCCAGUCAGCCUCGCUCGUUCGUUCAGACACAGACACACAUGGACGGGCAGAUGUGUGGGUGUGGGUGUGGGUUCAUGUCUGUCAGGUGCAUUAUCUGUCUGGUCCGAUCAAGGUGACCGACAAGGACGGCGUGCCUGCCAAGCCCGGCGACAUUCUGGUGGUGGAGUUGUCCAACCUCUACCCACUGGCGGGCGACGAGUGGGGCUUCACCGGCAUCUUCGACAGGGACAACGGCGGCGGAUUCCUCACGGUGAGUGCGUACAUGCAUGUGAUAGAUAGACGGGGGAGUCAUGGAUGCGUUGUGUGUGUCAGGACCACUUCCCCGCUGCGGCCAAGGCAGUCUGGUACUUCGACGGUGUCUACGCCUACUCGCGGGUCAGUGAGUGAGGGGGGCACCGACAUGGUCGGUCACCCAUGCCUGUGCCUGACACACUGGUGUCUGUCUGUGUGACGUCAGCACGUUCCCGGCGUUCGUUUCCCCGGGCUCAUUCACCCUGGUCUGAUCGGCACUGCACCGUCGGCGGAGCUCCUCAACAUCUGGAACACCCGAGAGAAGGUCGGUCCGUUGACACGACACACAGUUGAACAGACAAAUGGAUGCUGGAUGGAUGGAUGCAUCGAUAAUGCCUGCCUGCUUCUAUGCUAUGUGUGGUGUGGUCUGUUGAUCGAACCGAUGUGAUGUAUGUAUGUGUGUAUGUGUGUGUGUGUGCAGUCGUUGGUUGACGGUGGCGAGAAGGCCACGACGCUCUGCAGCGUCCUGCAGACACGACCACUCGCAUGCCUCCCCAACGCUACCGGUCAGCCAGUCACCCGCACACAUGCGCGAGAAGGGGUCGGUCGUUUGUGAGCUGACUGACUGUGGUGUGGGUGCUCCACUCGUUUGGUUGUCAGGUGCGUGCCUCGGCACCGUCAAGCCCGGCACCGCCAACUGGACCAAGUGAGCCAAGCCACCAUCCCAUGGACACACAUGACUGAGACUGACACCGUGCCGUGUCUGUCUGCUCUGUGUGUGUGAAGGAUUGCUGGCGAGGGUGCGCGCACGGUGCCUGGCCGCGAGAAUGGCGGCAACUGUGACAUCAAGAACCUCUCACGAGGAUGCAAGGUAUGUAUGUCGAUACACACCACACACGUACACAAAUGGUCUCAGACACGUGUGUCUUGUGUUGUGGUGUGUGCAGGUGUACUUCCCGGUGUUCAUUGAGGGCGCCAACCUGUCGAUGGGCGACAUGCACUUCAGCCAGGGCGACGGAGAGGUCUCCUUCUGCGGCGCCAUCGAGAUGUGCGAUUCACUCUCACACACCGACACACUCGACGACACGCGCAUGGAAGUCUGAUUGUGUGUGUGUGUGUGCGUGUGUGUGUGCAGGUCUGGGAAACUUGAGAUGACGUGUCAGAUCAUCCGCGGCGGCAUGGACCAAUACCUCACACCCAUGGGACCCACCAAACUGCACGUCAACCCAAUCUUCGAGUAACCGAAGCAGACUCACAGACACACAGACAGACUGCCAACAACAGCCCAACACGCACGUCUCUCUUUGUGUGUGUGUGUGUGUGUGCAGGAUUGGUCCGUUGGAGCCCCGUUUCUCCGAGUGGCUGGUGUUCGAGGGCAUCUCUGUGGACGAGACGGGCAAGCAGCACUACCUCGACGUGUCGGUGGCCUACAAACGGGCCGUCCUCAACUGUAUCGACUACCUCUCCAAAUUCGGGUGAGCCCAGCCAGGGCACUCCCUUUUAUCCGUUGCUUCUCGGACCAUCCAUUCAUGCAUCGUGUCGGCGUGGCUGUUUUAUUUUGUCUGUGUCUUGUUCACAGGUAUUCGAAGGAGCAGAUCUACAUGCUGCUGUCGUGCUGCCCUUGUGAGGGCCGUGUCUCGGGCAUCGUCGACGUCCCGAAUGCCGUCGCCACACUCGCACUGCCACUCGCCAUAUUCGACAUGGACAUACGGUACACACAGACGCGCUCAGACACAGUCUUUGUGUCCAUGUGUGAGUGUGUGUGCCUCAAUCAGGCCCAAGAAGAUCGGCGGCCCGAAGGUUGUGUCUCGCCUGGACGUGCCCAAGUCUACCUAUGACGGGUCAUUGCCUCGAUUCGUGAACCCUGCUGCCGCCCUGCAGUAGCAAGCACAUCUGCAUGUAACGAACCAAUGCUCGCAACAAGGGGGACCACACACCCAUCCAUGCCAUGCCAUCCAUCGCACACAUAUGAUGGAUGGACGCUCGCACUGUCGUCUCAGCUGAUACUCAUGCGAGGCGGUGCACUAUAUGCGAGCGACAGAUGCAGACAGACAGACAGAGAGGCAGGCAGGCAGACAGGCAGACAGCCGUGUGUUGCGCGUGAUAUGGAUGGAUGGAUGGAUGGAAGCAGUAUGGCACAUAUGGGUGUUCUUUCCUCUCUGCUGUGGUGGCUGUGUGUGUGCUGCGCAUGCAGUGCGUCGAAGAGCGUGUUGGCGGGCAUGGUGAAAUCUGGUGUGGCCAAGUCGCUGGCGGUGUGCUGCAAGAGACCCCUCACCACCGCAUAACUAACGACACAAGACACCACGACUGUCCGUGCGCGGCCGGGAUCAUGCCUCACUCACGGAGUGUAUGUUUAUUUCAUGUAUGUGUGUGUGUCUGUGUGUGGUGUGUGGUGUGAUGAUGAUGAUGAUGUGAGCCUGCAUGACGUGAGCGGACGGAGAAGUUGGCGGAGGGCAGCUGGGGCAGGCAGUUAUGGGACACUGUGUGAUGGAUGGAUGGAUGGAUGGGACGGUGUGUCGGUUCUUUCUUCUUUUCUUACUUCUCUUCCUCUGUAUUGGCCUGCGUGUGAUCGUUGGCUGAGUAUUCAUCCAUCACAAUCACAACUGAUGUGAUUGGAUUGCCUUCCCCCAUGAAGGAAUCAAUGAAUGGCUGCAUGCACUGCACUGCACUGAGGCUUUUUCCCACCGCUCCCACUUUUUCGCGGAGCGAGGAGGUAGGUAGGUACGUUACGUUGUGCGACGACUGACUGGAUGCAUGGAUGGCUGGAUGGCUAUGCAUGGUAUGGUCCACACUGACGCGUUUGUAAGCGGCCUGUGUUCCAUGCCUGCCUGCCUGCCUGAUGACUGGACGGACGGACCGGUAUGUGUGUGUAGUCUAUCUAUGUUGCUGCGAUGCAUGGUGCGAGUCGAGUUGUAGACAAGCAAGACCGACCACGGGCCAGCCAGCUGGAGUCGAGUGUAUCAGACAGAUCAGAUAGAUCGAGUGAAGAAUUUCAUGUACGCGUGUUUAGUGCGCGUGUGCAUCAUGAUGUGUGGAUGGAAUGUUUGGAUGGGUGUGAGAGAGGAG